CUACGGAGAUACAGAUUCAGUUAUGGUGCAAUUUGGUGUUCCCUCUGUAGAAGUGGCAAUGAACUUGGGCAGAGAAGCUGCUGACUAUAUUAGCGGAACUUUCAUCAAACCCAUCAAAUUAGAGUUUGAGAAGGUUUAUUAUCCAUAUCUUCUGAUUAGCAAGAAGAGGUAUGCCGGUUUGCUUUGGACAAACCCGGACAAGUCUGACAAAAUGGACACAAAAGGUAUUGAAACUGUUCGAAGAGACAAUUGCUUAUUGGUAAAAAACCUGGUAAACGAGUGCCUACAUAAAAUACUAAUCGACAGAGACAUUCCUGGAGCAGUCCAGUAUGUCAAGAAUACCAUUUCAGAUCUUCUAAUGAACCGUAUGGAUCUAUCACUCUUGGUCAUCACUAAGGGCCUGACAAAGACUGGAGAUGAUUAUGAAGUAAAGGCAGCUCAUGUUGAACUUGCUGAACGCAUGCGGAAGAGAGAUGCUGCCACUGCUCCAAAUGUUGGGGAUCGUGUACCAUAUGUUAUUGUUAAAGCAGCUAAAGGUGCCAAGGCUUAUGAGAGGUCAGAGGAUCCCAUCUAUGUCCUGGAGAAUAACAUACCAAUAGACCCUCAAUACUAUCUCGAAAAUCAAAUUAGCAAGCCACUUUUAAGAAUCUUUGAACCGAUUUUAAAAAAUGCGAGCAAGGAGCUUCUUCAUGGAAGUCACACUAGAUCGAUCUCCAUCUCUACACCCUCAAACAGUGGCAUAAUGAAAUUUGCUAAGAAACAACUUAGUUGCAUAGGCUGCAAAGCUUUACUCAGUAAUAAAGACCGAAUUCUCUGCUCGCAUUGUAAGGGAAGAGAGGCUGAACUUUACUGCAAAUCUGUGGCUAAUGUAUCUGAGCUAGAGAUGCUUUUUGGGAGGCUCUGGACACAGUGCCAAGAAUGCCAAGGCUCUCUUCAUCAGGAUGUGCUCUGCACAAGCCGGGAUUGUCCAAUAUUUUAUCGACGAAAGAAAGCACAGAAAGACAUGGCUGAAGCCAAGCAACAAUUAGAUCGGUGGAACUUUUGAGAAUUUUCCAAGGUUUUCAUGGUUCAGAAUAUGACUGAUUGGCAGGAGUCUUGUCAUGAUAGAUUUUGUGUUAUUGACCUCUAAAUGUCAGUGGCAUUAUGUAAGUUAUCCUUGUAUUCAUAGCACUAAAGUUUUUAUUUUAAAUGUAAUCACAUUCUGAUUUGCCGAGGUCGAUAUAAGAGGUGAGCAAUUAAUUGGAAAGAUCAGCAGAAUAUACGUAUUUCCUAUGGGAGGAAAC